CUUAUCCAUCCAUGCAUGCAUACACAGAGGUUUUAUACAGAAAAUCAUAUACGCCCUUACAAGAGGAACUGAAAGUAAAGAAAAUGGAGUAAACAACCCACCGAGUCUAGACAAAUCAACUCGAUCGAACGAAAAGCUCCUGACAAUGGCCACUCUUGAAGCGACCGACGCGUACCCUUUACGCAAGGUCAACGUAGAGGACGCUAUCACUGACCUUCAGCUGAUGAACAUUGCCCAGCAGAUUGGGCCUGAGUCAUGGCGUAUAGUUGGACUUGAACUAGGCCUCAGGGAACCUGAACUGGCCCAUCUUGAGAGGGACCACAGAUCCAACAUUGCGGAAGGCACGUACCAAAUGCUGAUUAAGUGGCGUCGGGACCAGAUGAACGCGGAUGCGGCUUUCUGUAGUCUGCAGAACGCCUUGAUCAACGCUAAACUGGGCGCUGUCGCCCGCCAACUUACCAGAGGUUCAGUGUAUGGCAUUGACUGCAUGGACGGUGGCGGUAUCCUCAACACAAGUGGCUUGAAGGAAGAUAACUUUGAUACCCGGCAACUAAGAAGGGAACUCGAGAUGAAAUACCACUCUCAUCUCUGCACCAUGCGGCUCCUACCUUGGGAUGCGAGAUCAAGAGUCGCCGUCGAUCGUUACUUUACCGACAUUGGGAUUUCACUGGAAGAUACCUCGGUGCGGCAACACACGAAGAUUUCCUUGGAACAUCAUCGCCAUGACAUAUUUACAAUCAGCGCGGCGAAGAACUUACCUACUAACCGGAUCCUUCUUCAGGGAAAUUCAGGAUCAGGGAAAUCGACGGUUGUUGCGAAGCUGGCGCUUGAUUGGAUUACGCGUCAUCCAAAAUCACUUCUCAAAGACCUCCCACUUCUGUUCGUUCUCCCAUUGCAUAAGUUGAACGAAACGUCGAAUUUUGGAGAAGCUGUGCGAGAACAUCUACUACCAGAGGACACGACGUUCACAGCAGAGGCCAUCGAAGCAUACGUGAAAGCGAAUCCAAGAGAAUCCUUGCUCGUUCUAGAUGGACAUGAUGGGAUGAUGAAAAGCAAGGCGAAAGGUGAUAAGGUUGGGAACCUGGUGAAGAUCAUUGAGAACAAACGCCUGACAGAGUGCAAGGUUCUUGUAACGUCAAAGUAUUGGAGCGUGGCGCAGAUGAAGGAAUCGGUCAUUCGAGAAUAUACCCUUCUGGAGAUGGAAGGCUUCAAGGUAGAAGAUACUUUCUCUUACAUAAUAUCUUACUUUGAAGAUGACGAAAAGAUGGCACAAGGUUUGAUUCGUCAUAUUGAAGCCUGUCCGGAUCUGAUGGAGAGCUUAUGUCCGUGUCCUCUUUUUUGUUCCAUCUUAUGUCACCUCUGGGAAGAAGAUCUCAGCAAAGGAGGAGGGAUCGUCUGGGAACCAGCAGCCAGAUGACAGAUCACAUCGCCCGCAGUCUAUGGACGCACCUAGAGGCUAAGAACAAGGACGAAGAUCUCAACGAUGAAUUAGGUAGUCACAGGCUUAACUCAGAGUCCACGCACAGUUCAAGGAUAUCUUUUCUCUGUAAAAGGUUGAGUGUUGUCAGGAAACGGUCGACGAAAAAAGGACUUGUUGGAGGAAUUCCUAGGCAUUCGCUAAAAUCCACGAUGUCCCGCCUGGGUAAGGUUGCUCUGGAGAAAUUAGUAUCAAGGAACCCCGAUGGAGAGUUAGAACAGAAUGAUGUUAUUUUUUGCCGUGAGUUCACAGAAAUUGGUCUAGCAGCAGGAAUUCUAUCCCACAAUCGAGGGGAAAGCAGUGGGUUCCCACUUCGGAAAGGCUUUCAGAGUGAAAACCUUAAAGGGGUGCGAUUCAGCGACAAGGGAAUGACGCAGAAGUGUGCAGCUGUCCAUCUGGCAUCUCUCUGGAAGAGAAACCAUGCCAAAUUCACAGAGGUUCUCAAGCACUUGAAGGACAAGUUUGUCGCUGAGGAAUUCGAGAUCGUAUUAAUGCUUGCUUGCGGUGAAGAUGCUAAUGUGGCAAGAGAAAUCCUCCAGCACCUUUCUUCUGUUUCAGCUUCGCACGACCUAAUGCUGAAAUGCUAUUUUGAGUGUCCUGAAGAAGUAUCAGUAGACGAGGAAAUGGCCCGAAUAUUUAAGGAAAAGUAUUAUGUGGCCCUCUCCAGCCCAGGGUGCUACUCACUUUCUGCACUGAAGUAUUUUCUCAAGAAAUGGAGUACGGAUAACUCUGAAAUCAGAAAACUGUUGAUAUCGGCUCUUCCCUUGAGCAGCAUGCGGAGCUUUGUAGAGGCACUCGAGAGGGAGCGUUGCAGAAGCAUUUCUACCAUGAGCUUGUCCUGGUGUGACCUUGAAGAAACCGACACAUCAGCACUGCUCUAUGCACUUGGAAAUCUUCCCUCACUGUCAGAAUUGACCAUGCCCGGUUCAACGAUUGGACCAGGUUUCAUCCAGCACAUCAGUCGUCUGCCACAAGGAUGCUUCGAGAGCCUGGAAACCCUCGAAUUGCCAAUCUUCACCGCUUGCGCCGAUUCGUUCUUUAGAGCAGUUUUCUGGUCCGGUCAAUUUCCAGUACUUCUGAGAGCCGUUCUCACCAUCCAGGACAUCUGCUCUAAUAGCACUCAGCACAAGGAUGAUGAUGAAAUGGAGGAACAUACGAUUCCGACACACCUGCGGAAGAUAACUUUGAAAAGCAGCAAUCUCGCCCUCCACGGAUCUCAACGCUUUGCUAAAACCCUCACCAAUGCAACAAAGCUGAUGGGCUAUCCCUUAUCAACUGUAACUUCCAUCCCGACUUUUUUGGUCAGAUCGGUGAGCUGCUGGUCCUGAGAAAAGUUGUCUUGCGCAUGGAAUCGUGGAAGGGACUCCACUUGGAGACUUUCCUGAAGAAGUGCCCAAGACUGAGUCACAUGGAAAUCAACUACCCAUCUUCAUCUCGGCAUGAGGACGUGGAGGAGACGUUAGCGGUCAUCCCUCGUAUCUUGUCCAGUCUACCAGGCUUGAAUACCAUGCACGUUUCGGUGGGUGUCGGCUGCGACUUCAGAGCUAACGAUGACACCUUGAAGGCGAUCUGUGAGGCUUUGAAGAGCUGCAAGGCGCUUAACAGACUAAUCAUCACCGGUAUUAAGAUGAACACGCAACGUGGGAUAGACAUCAUUCGUACCUGCCAAGGUACCUCCGUCCGAAUACUUGCUCUCACCGCAUGUUUCCGACCAGAAGAAGAUUUGACGGAGCUGAGGCAAUUGCGUGAUGAGGUGAACAAAGGCAAGGCAAUGGUAGUUGAAUGCUGAGCAGAGGCAUCGUAAAGCAAGACACCGCUCUUCGUGUACCUCGCGCCCGUUAAACCUUGGACUAAAGGUUGUGGGGUUGGAGACGCUUGGAGAGAAUCCCCUGAUAAAUAUUUUCAUCUAAUUUUACAGAUGAAUCUUAUUACAGACUAAGUAGUUUCAUGCUGAAUACGUUGCUAUCCUUUCUGUUUCUGCAAGAUUGUUGAAUAAACUACCACUAUCUUGAAGACUGCUGCAUCUAACAAACAAAAAAAGGAGAAAAAUAAACAACUUUUAGAGGCCCAUCAAUUUUGUUAAAGACCAUGAAUAUUCAUAAGUAUUUAUUGGCCUAAUCAGUACUUUGGUGGUGUUUCAUUACUUUCUAAC